AUGGCAGAGAACGAGACGAGAUCAUCUUUACUCGGGCACGAGCUGAAGCAACUCACAUUUGGAUGGACCGAUUACAGUCUUUUCACCGGCCUCCUAGGGGUCAGCGUCUUGAUAGGGAUUUACUUCGGUUGUUUCAGCAAGAAACAGGAUAACACCACCGAAUACUUACUCGGAGGGAAAUCAAUGUCUUGUUUUCCGGUUAGCAUGAGUCUAAUCGCAAGUCACGUGUCGGCGGUCUCGUUGCUCGCUAUACCUGUCGAAGUGUAUCAAUACGGGACACAGUAUGCAGCCUGCAUUUUUACAUCCAUCAUAUCUUGCGGUCUGAUUGCUCUUAUCUACAUGCCGGUGUUUUACCGUCUCCAAUUGACCAGUACUUUCGAGUAUCUGGAAAUGAGAUUCACGAGGCCGGUCCGGACGUUCGCCUCGUUUCUAGCCACUCUCUCGCUGGCCCUUUACGUCCCUCUGAUCAUCUAUGUACCAGCCUUGGCGUUCUCGCAGGCGACAUCGAUCAAUCUGCACCUGGUAGCGCCAAUAAUCUGCAUCGUCUGCAUAUUUUACACGACGAUCGGAGGAUUGAAAGCUGUCGUAUGGGCGGAUACCAUUCAGAUGAUCGUAACGCUAGGUGGGUCAGAGAAUCGUAUUUUGGAAGUACGCAGCAAGUCUAUUGAACUUUUACAAUUCAUGCACGAAUUGCCUUCGAUUCGUUCAUUGUGCGGUCAUCAAGGGGAUGAUUUACUAUUUUUUUGUAGCAUGAGUCCGAGCCCAUUCGAACGAAACUCCUUUUGGGGUAUGUCGGUGGGAAUGACGAUGACUUGGCUGGCCGGGGUUGGAAUCAGUCAGGUGUCCAUGCAACGUUUUUUGGCGGUGCCGAAUAUCAAAGAGGCUUACAAGGCAGUAGGAUGUACGGCGAUAUGUCUGGUAGUCAUAAAAUGGGUGUCGGUCUUUACGGGGUUGAUAAUGUACACCAGGUAUCACAAAUGCGACCCUAUAAGCACCCACGUAAUCACGAGGAGCGACCAAUUACUUCCGUAUUACGUGCUGGACGUUGCCGCGAGCGUACCGGGACUCCCUGGUCUCUUUCUGGCCGGCCUCGUCAGCGCUGGUCUUUCUACGAUGAGCGCUGGUUUGAACACAGUAGCCGGCACAAUUUACGAGGAUUUCAUCGAUCCCUGGUUGUCGGAGAGCAACAACAAAGAGGCUCGAGCGGCGACUAUUAUGAAAAGUAUCGUAGUUGUCGUAGGACUGGUUUGCGUGGCGCUAGUAUUUCUCGUGGAUCGGUUGAGCGACAUUUUCCAAAUGUCUUUGACCCUCCACGGUGUCACAGCUGGGGCGAUGUUGGGCAUCUUCACUCUGGGAAUGAUAGUACCAUGGGCAACGUCGAAAGGUGCUAUAGCUGGUGGAUUACUUUCCAUGAUCUGCAUGGUUUGGAUCAUUGUUGGGGCUCAAGUGAAUGUGGCUACAAAACGAUUGGUCUAUCAGCCACUUCCUACGUCGACCGAGGAUUGCUUGAACGUAGAUAGUCCGUUUAAUCGGACAGUGACCAAUACGACUUCAUCUCUACCGACUCCGAACGAAAAACCUUUCAUUCUAUUCACCAUAUCGUUCAUGUAUUACACUUUGGUCGGUUUCUUGAUAGUAAUGGUUGUAGGCACUCUGGUCAGUUUCCUGUGUGGUGUUCCCGACUUAAAGGACGUGGACAGAAAAUUAUUUCCACCGAUAAUACAGAGAUUUUUACCGCCGGAAAAAUACACCGAGGUACCGAUGCACUCGAUACCGUCGACAUUGGUGACGAAUCCGGAGAAAGAGAAGAUCAACGCGUGA